AUGGCAACUGUCUCCGUGGACCCCGCGAGGCGGAGGCGGGUUCUCAAGGUCAUCGUGUUGUCUCUGUUGCUCGACCUGAUAUCGUUUACCUUCAUUUUGCCUCUUUUCCCCAGCCUGCUCGAGUUCUACCGCAAUGCAGAGACCGCCCUCGACGACGGCAAAUCGCAGUCGCCCACACUGCUCGCCAGUAUCCUCGACUACCUCAAUGCUUAUAAAGCCUCGUUUGCCCGCCCAAUCGACUCGCGAUAUGAUAUUGUCUUGCUAGGAGGCGCUCUGGGAAGUUUAUUCUCACUCCUGCAAGCUGUCGCAUCUCCCGUUAUUGGCCACAUGUCGGACCGCUAUGGCCGCCGCACCGCGCUGCUCGCGAGCAUGAUGGGAAACAUUAUCUCCGUCCUACUGUGGGUGGUGGCCGUCGACUUCCGCACAUUUUUGCUCUCCCGUGUCGUUGGUGGCCUGUCCGAGGGCAACGUGCAACUUGCCAUGGCCAUCGCCACCGACAUUUCUGACGAUUCGACCCGCGGUUCCACCAUGGCCUUGAUUGGCGUCUGUUUUUCGGUCGCCUUCACCUUUGGCCCGGCCCUGGGCGCUUGGUUGAGCACCAUUACAAUGUUCAAGACAAACCCUUUCGCUGCCGCUGCAGGCUUCUCUCUAUUUCUCAUCGUGGCCGAGACAAUCUACCUCUACCUAUAUCUGCCCGAAACGCUUCCGACCAGUGCCAGCACCGAGGCGGUGGCCGAGGGAGUCAAGGAAACCAAGGAAACAAAAACCACCAAGAUACCUAGGCCUGGCAAUGCAGCGUCUGGAUCCGACCUAAUUCACGACCGAACUAACUCGCACUUCAUGCUCAACGCCGUGCAUUUUGUCUUCCUCCUCUUCUUCUCUGGUAUGGAGUUCUCACUCCCUUUUAUGACUUACGACCUCUUUGGCUACACCUCUGCCAAGAACGGGAGACUGCUCGGCUUUGUCGGUCUUGUCGCGUCCAUUCUGCAAGGCGGCGUAACCCGCCGCCUUCCACCCCUCGCUUCGGUGCGUAUUGGCAUUGUUGCGUGUCAGAUUGCAUUCUUGCUGCUUGGUAGCCUUUCUACGGUAGGAAAUCUCUACUUGGCUGCUGCGUGCCUUGCAACCACAUCAGCCACUGUUGUCACCGGCCUCAACGCCCUGAGCAGCUUCGAAGCGCACUCGGGUGAGCGCGGCGGGAAACUUGGUAUUCUCCGUUCGUGGGGCCAAGUUGGGCGUGGUCUGGGCCCUGUUCUGUUUACCAGCGUCUACUGGUGGGCGGGCCGGGAAGUCGCCUAUGGCGCGGGCGCCAUCGGUAUGUCGGCUGUUCUUCUCUUGUCCGUCUUCGGUCUCAAAUCACCCCCGCGUGCUACCGAGCCAAAAGCGAAAACGCAGUAG